CAUCUCUUCAGUAGGAAGUCAGGCUGCAGUUGCUAGGUGCUCGCGUGUUUCAACUCUGUUCAGCUGUAGUAAACAGUCCGUGGCUACACCGAACAGCUGUGCAAUGUGCACAGAGAGCAAAACAGCUUGUAUACAUUCAUAAACAUUUGCUACUGCGUGUGUGCUGAAAUGAGGGAGUCGGCUGACAGAGGGCAGUCUACUUUUUCUGUAUGUAUCACUGUAUCAAAACGCUGCCAGAUUCUGAAAUGCAUAUCCAGGGGGUGACUGAGUAUCAUUAUUGAACAGAGGCAAGACAUAGGUCCUCUCUGUCAACCAUGAGUGCACUCGUCGAGCCAGGUGAUGUCCACACCAUUGCCCCCGAGAUGCCAGCCAUGUUUGAGGGCAUGAAGCUGGCUGCCGUAGCAACGGUGCUCUAUUUCCUGGUGCGCUGUCUGAAUCUGAAGAGUCCCACGGCCCCGCCUGACAUCACCUAUCGGGACACGCCCCUCAAUCGCUAUCUGCUCAAGUCCUGCCCCAUCCUGACCAAAGAGUACGAACCGCCGCUGCUGUGGGGGAAGAGUGGACAUCUCCAGACGGCCCUGUAUGGGAAGCUGGGGCGUGUCAGCUCCCCAAAACCCUGUGGGGUGCGCAAGUACCUCCUCAUGCAGGAUGGGGCCACUGCCACCUUUGACCUCUUCGAGUCACUGGGGGACCACCGCACUGGAGAUGACAUCACCAUGGUGAUCUGCCCGGGGAUUGGUAACCACAGCGAGAAGCACUACAUUCGCACCUUUGUGAAUCACUCCCAGAGGCAGGGGUACAGGUGUGCUGUUCUCAACCAUCUGGGGUCCCUGCCCAACAUCGAGCUCACCUCGCCGCGUAUGUUCACCUACGGUUGUACAUGGGAGUUUGCAGCCAUGGUAGGUUCCAUCAAGCGGGCCUUCCCCCAGACACUGCUCAUCGUGGUGGGCUUCAGCCUAGGGGGGAACAUUGUGUGUAAGUUUCUGGGGGAGAACAGGAUCAACCAGGAGAGGGUGUUGUGCUGCGUCAGUGUCUGCCAGGGAUACAGCGCACUCCGGGCCCAGAAGACGUUCCUACAGUGGGACCAGUGUCGGAGGCUCUAUAAUUUUCUCAUGGCAGACAACAUGAAGAAGAUAAUCCUCUCCCACCGGGGCAGUUUGUUUGGGAUGAACUCGAGCAAGAUGGAGGACGCAGACCUGAGCCGACUGUACACAGCUACCUCCCUCAUGCAGAUCGAUGACAAUAUCAUGAGAAAGUUCCAUGGUCACGACACGCUGAAAGAGUACUACGAGAAGGAAAGCUGCGUACACUACAUUCACAAUAUCAAUGUGCCUCUACUGCUGGUCAACUCCUCAGAUGACCCUCUGGUCCAUCGGUCACUUCUGACCAUCCCACGCACACUCGCAGAAAAGAAGCAGAAUGUGAUCUUCGCCCUGACGCUCCACGGGGGUCACCUGGGCUUCUUCGAGGGGGCUGUGCUGUUUCCCCAGCCCCUCACCUGGAUGGACAAGGUUAUCGUGGGCUAUGCCAAUGCAAUAUGCCAGUGGGAAAGACACAGACCGCCCUGCCUGAGGACACGUCGUGGACCCUGUCCACAGGGCGACGGGACUUCUGGUUUAUAAGGACACAUACGCCCACGAGAGAAGGCCGAACCCUGUAUUCUUCAAAAGGGGGACGGGGAUGAUCUAUGGGCACAGUAACUCGCCUGACUUUGUCGGACUAUAGCUUUGCUUUGAGAAACACAGCAUUCAGCUGCGAAUGACAUUCAUUGAAAGCCUUACCCAUGGACUCCAGUCAGUCGAAUGGAUGGCACUCGCUCCUCUAAACGUGGAUACACUGUGUAACCUGCACAUGCUGGUGAACAGCUACAAGACUCCACAGUGGCUUAUUUAUUGGUCAGUUCUGUGGAAAAGACUGGAGAGGAGAUUUAGCUUCUGUGUGCAAAUUCCCAGCCAGCACCCCUUGGUUCUCACACUUGGGUUGCUACUUGGUCCCGACUCUCCCUAGCUGUUUGUUCCCGAGUGUGUACUGUUGUCGUGAGGGUGAAUAGCACUCGGGGGGGG